CAUCGAUGGUUUUGCAGCCCUAAUGACCAGCUGCUCUAAAUUCAUCACAAAACAUUUCUAAAAAUUUGUAAACAAAUUCGACAAGAAAGCUAAUAUUGUAAAAAAAAGUAUAGGCAGGAGACUGAAUUUAUUGUUCCUUCUUAUUGGGAUCCGUACUAUUUUAAUGGCACAAUCUCGAAUGGUAGUGAAUGACGACUAUGAACACCCAGAUCAUCUAGAAUAUAUUCUAGAAUCCGUUCUGAUGCCCAGUGAUGAAAGCUUAGAUUUCAAUCUGUUAAGGAACGAUUACAACUCUGUGCUUUUACACAAAUGUCAAUGCGAUAAAGGCGGUUGUGCAAAUAAUGAAAGAUGCUCACACGGUGGUGCGUAUGAGUACUGUCCAGAUGGAAAAGAAUUGAUUCAAAGGCAGACUAACAAAACAGGCAAUAUCCCAAUUGUGGAGUGCAAUUCCUUCUGUGAGUGUCGGAUCGAGUUUUGCACUAAUCGACUUGUGCAGUACGGUCCAAGAGCAAAUUUGGAAGUAUUUAAUUCUCCGACUUACAAAUCAAAAGGUGUCCGCACGAAAGUAAGCAUUCCUUGUGGUGCCUUCAUCUGCGAAUAUGCAGGGGAAAUUCUAACUAUUUCUGAGGCCAAACGACGCAUAGUUACCAACAAAAAACUGGGAUCAAUGAAUUAUGUGCUAAUACUCAACGAAUACACUAAGACCGAUGACUGCUAUGAAGAUAAACGACAAGUCACCAUUAUAGAUCCUUCUCGACGUGGAAAUAUUGGACGCUAUAUUAACCACAGCUGUGACCCCAAUUGUCAUAUAACAGCGGUACGAAUAGACUGUCCCAUACCAAAAAUAUGUGUUUUCGCAGCACGCAGCAUUCUUGCUCAAGAAGAACUGUGCUUUCAUUACGGUGGAGAAGAUCGAUACGUAGAAGAUCAAGCAAGUGAUAGCAAGGCUUGCCUCUGCAGUGCUGAUAGUUGUGCUGGUUUUAUGCCAAAUUCUAAAAUAAUAUAGAUUAUUAAGGGAUAAUAUUUAAAAAAAAUUACCGACUUACCCCUCACA